CAGUAUGGCCGGCCCUGGCCCCACCUUCCCGCUGCACCGGCUCGUCUGGGCUAACCGGCACCGCGAACUGGAGGCCGCGCUGCACAGCCGCCAGCACGACAUUGAACAGGAGGACCCCCGGGGGCGUACCCCUCUGGAGCUGGCAGUGUCCCUGGGGAACCUGGAGUCUGUGAGAGUCCUCCUUCGACACAAUGCCAACGUGGGCAAAGAGAGCUGCCAGGGCUGGGCAGUUCUGCAGGAAGCAGUCAGCACUGGGGACCCCGAGAUGGUGCAGCUGGUUCUCCAGUAUCGGGAUUACCAGAGGGCCACACAGAGACUGGCAGGCAUUCCAGAAUUGCUCAACAAACUCCGCCAGGCCCCCGACUUCUACGUGGAGAUGAAGUGGGAGUUCACCAGCUGGGUGCCCCUCGUGUCCAAGAUGUGCCCCAGCGAUGUGUACCGCGUGUGGAAGCGGGGUGAGAGCCUGCGGGUGGACACCAGUCUCCUGGGCUUUGAGCACAUGACCUGGCAGCGUGGCCGGAGGAGCUUCAUCUUCAAGGGCCAGGAGGCAGGAGCCUUGGUGAUGGAAGUGGACCAUGACCGGCAGGUGGUACACACGGAAACACUGGGGCUCGCCCUGCAUGAGCCAGAAGCGCUGCUGGCCGCCAUGCGGCCCAGCGAGGAGCAUGUGGCCAGUCGCCUCACCUCUCCUAUCGUCUCUACCCACCUGGACACUCGCAAUGUGGCCUUCGAGAGGAACAAAUGUGGUAUCUGGGGCUGGCGGUCUGAGAAGAUGGAAACCGUUAGCGGCUACGAGGCCAAGGUGUACAGUGCCACCAAUGUGGAGCUGGUGACACGCACACGCACGGAGCACCUCUCUGAUCAGGACAAGUCGAGGAGCAAAGGGGGGAAGACUCCAUUCCAGUCCUUCCUCGGGAUGGCCCAGCAGCAUUCCUCCCACAACGGGGCUCCCGUGCAGCAGGCGGCCAGCCCCACCAACCCCACAGCCAUUUCCCCGGAAGAGUACUUCGACCCCAACUUCAGCCUGGAGUCGAGGAACAUCGGCCGCCCCAUUGAGAUGUCCAGCAAAGUACAGAGGUUCAAGGCAACACUGUGGUUGAGCGAGGAGCACCCACUCUCCCUGGGUGACCAGGUGACGCCCAUCAUUGACCUGAUGGCCAUCAGCAAUGCUCACUUUGCCAAGCUGCGAGACUUCAUCACCCUGCGCCUCCCACCCGGCUUCCCUGUCAAGAUUGAGAUCCCCCUUUUCCACGUGCUCAAUGCCCGCAUCACCUUUGGCAACCUGUGUGGGUGUGACGAGCCCCUGAGCUCGGUGUGGGUGCCGGCCCCCAACUCUGCUGUCACAGCUUCAGGGAGCCCGUUCCCGUGCGAGGUGGACCCUGCCGUGUUCGAGGUGCCCGAGGGGUACAGCGUGCUGGGCGCGGAGCGCAGCGAGCCCCUUCGUGACGAGGACGAUGACCUGCUGCAUUUCGCCAUCCAGCAGAGCCUGCUCGAGGCGGGCACGGAGGCAGAGCAGGUGACCGUCUGGGAAGCCCUGACCAACACCCGGCCCGGUGCCCACCCUCUUCCCCAAGUCACGGCUUAUGAGGAGCAGCUGCAGCUGGAGCGGGCCCUCCAGGAAAGCCUGCGGAUGUCCACAGAGCCCCGGGGCCCGGGAUCCCCUCAUAGGACGUCCCCGGCCCUGGCCCCCCCAAGUUUUGAGGAGCAGCUUCGCCUGGCCCUGGAGUUGUCCUCGCGGGAGCAGGAGGAGCGGGAGCGGCGGGGGCAGCAGGAGGAGGAGGACUUACAGCGGAUUCUGCAGCUGUCACUCACAGAGCACUGAGCACUGAGCCCCGGCCCCCAGCAGGGCUGUCUGGCCGUGCCCCCUCCCGCUUUUGUAACUUAUUUAUUUAUAAACUGUCUGCUGCUGAGCUUGGGGCCUGGAGCCCUGGGGGUGGGCUUGCGUUGGAGACCAAGAUGGAAAUAAAGACCUUCAGCAGCA